CGGUGCCGGGCAGCCAUGAGCGCCAAUCCCCAGUGGGACAUCAGCAGGGCGCUGGGAGUGGCCAAGCUCUUUCACUUGGUGUGUGGAGUCCGGGAUGCCUCCGUGACCCCGUUUCUGACCCUCUACCUGAGGCAGCUGGGUUUGGCCGCGCCCUGGGUGGGCGUCCUAAUGGGAACCAAGCACCUGAUCGCGGCCUUCUGGGCUCCCUUCUGUGCCUUCCUGGCCGAAAGCUACCAGAAAAGGAGGGUGCUUCUGAUAGGCUCGUUGCUGGGCUCAGUGGGAGCCAGCCUGCUGAUGGUGCAGGUGCCGCCGCUGGACGAAGAUCGGGGAUACCGCUCCUGUAACGGCAGCCACAGCGUGACCCCCACAGUCCUACCACCGGAGGUCGCCCUGACUGUGAACUUCACGUCGGCCCAAGAGCCGGGCUCAAACCACCCAGCUGAAGCGUCCAGCCUCCCAGCCAAGAGAAGUACUGGCAUCGGGGUCGCCUCUGGCUUCAGAAAAGGACCAGCAGAAAGUGUCCAAGAACCUUUCAGUCAUCUGCCCAGAAACUUUGUGGGCUCUGUUGAAAGAGCCAGGACCACAUCCGAAGUUCUCCAUCCUCUCGCUUCUGGGGGGAAAGACACUUCCGGGGAAGUUGCUUUUAAGGUGGUCAGUACUGCCCCCCCUUUGCUUGCUGGGGGUUCAGCGCUGGGAAGUCCAGCCAACCUGUCGGCAGCCAAGGGGAGCUCAGGGACCUUUGGCCUCUCCUUGGAAGGGUUUCGAAGAACUUUCAUUCCCUGCUUGGUGUCCUUGGUGUUCUGGGAGCUGUUGACAGCCCCUCUGGAGCAGGUGGCAGAUGACAGCCUUUUUGAAUACCUGGAUUUUGUGGACGCCACUGACCGUUACAGAAACCUUUGGAUCUGGAAGCUGCUGGGCACGUCGGUAGGCGUGUGUGGCAUUGCAGCCUUGGUGGAGCAGCUGGCCUGCUUCCUGAAGACGAGUGGCCCCUGGGGUGUGGUGCACUUCUAUGGCUACUCGCUGGUCAGCACCCUGGCUUUACUGGUGAGCAUUGUUUUUCCCGUCCCCAUCUGCAGGCGGCAGGAACCCAGCUACAAAACUGUCAAAGCACUGUCUCUGGUAGAGGGUGACCCCCGCCUCAUUCUCCUAGCCUUCACUGUCUUUCUGAUAGGAGCUGCCACCAGCACAGUCCAGAACUUUCUGUUCUGGCACAUGGAAGACCACGGGAGCAGUGAGCUGGUUAUGGGUUUCUCCGUUGCCCUGGGCUUGCUGGGGGAAAUUCUACUUCAUCCAUUCAAAACAACGUUGCUUAGGAAACUGUCCAGAGCAGGAACAGUAGGGCUGGGGCUGGGCUGCCUCUCGGGGCAGCUGCUAUACUACUCUUUCCUCUGGAGCUGGUGGUCUGUCCUCCCUGUUCAGAUCUUGAGUGCUGUCAGCAAUGGGGCUCUGUGGUGGGCAGUGGGGGUUUCGGUAGAGGACCUGGCCCCUGCCGGAAUGGAGAGACCUCUGAGUGCCAUGUUCCGAAGCCACUUCUAUGGGGGCGGAGCCAGCCUGGGCAGCUUUGUGGGGGGCUUCAUGGUGAGGCACUUCAGCCAGGCUGUGCUCUACCGGGCCAGCUGCGUGGUCGUGUUGCUCUGGCUGGCCCUGUUCCUGUCCGUCCAGCCAAGACUGCCCCGCGAGCGGAAAAUCAGCUACUCGAAGCUGCUGGUCGUGGAGGCAAGUGACACGAGCGACUCUGAGCAGGGGUCAGAACGGGACUGGAUUGUGAAGGCCAGUCUGGGAAGGAGCCAAAGGACUGGACAAAAUUCAGCCUUCUGAGAACAGAAUCACGAGCGCUGCCUGGGGCUCCAGGGAACCUCGGGAGAGAGGAAGCAAGUCUAUGCUGAAGCCCCACGGGUUCAUCUCAUUGUAUGAUUUGCUUUACUUUGAUAGUAAAAUUGCAGUUCAUUUUUAAAAAAAUA